AUGUCUGCCGCUGGAAGGGAGAAUGGGACGAGCACCAAACUUUCCCAAAGAAGCGUCGUUAAAGAAGGUUUGGCUAGCAUAGAUAAGACGAGAUCCGGGAAAAAAUUCAAUUUCAACGAGAAUGCAAAGAGAAAGUUCUUGCUGAUAACAGAUUGUCAAAAUGAUGGAAGCUUUCUCAUUCAUCACUUCUUAUCCUUGUCUAUAAAAGGAGGUUUCAAAGUACUUUUUGUUGCCUUGGUCCAGUCUUUUUCUCAUUACAGUAAAGUUGCACAGAAAUUGGGUAUAAACCUGAGCAGUAUCUGUGAAAGUGGCCAGGUGACAUAUAUAGAUGGCUUAAGCUGUAUAUCAGAAGCUUUAGCUGAUGAAAGGCAGCAAGAUACCUUCAAAAACUCACAAAGUAGUACAUUAGGAAACAAAAAUUCAGAUAGAAGCAACCCUUUUAUAAAUGUCAGAGCCCAAACAUUUACUCUUCAGCCAUUAUACAACAGAAUCAAGUCAUCUUUGGGUGAUGAAACAAAGCCCUGUUUGCUUCUGAUUGAUGAUCUAACAGGUCUUCUCUCCAUUGGAGUUCAUCUUCAGCAAAUCACCAAUUUCAUACACUACUGUGCUGUUCUGAUGUGUCACUUGCCAACUGUGGUAUGUAAUGUCACAAAGUACCAUUUCAAGAUAUUUGAAUCCUGUAUUUGGCGGCACUGGAGGACUCUAGUNCGUUGA